ACAUUUACAUUUUCAUUACACUUAUCUUUCUGUCUUACUCUGCUUUUCUUGGUUUUAGAAACGGAUACCGGAAGAAGGGUGGCCGGAUCACGCGCUAGAGUUGUUCCUCUCGUGGCUUGCCUGCCACGACACUAACAACAGAGUAGACACUGUAAGGAUUGUCGCCUGCAAAGCUGCUCUUGUAGUGCCGCUAUGCACAGGAUUUGAGCCAUUGGUAGUGGAUUCCGUUCGGGAAGGCGAUGCGCUAGUGACGGAUGUGGAGAGCGUGAACAGAAUAUUGGAGCAGCGCGGAGACGAGAUUCUUUGCGUGAUGUCCACAACGUCGUGUUUCGCUCCGCGCAGUCCGGACUCGUUAGAGGCUAUCUCCGGCAUCUGCCAGAUUUACAACGUACCGCAUCUUGUGAACAAUGCGUAUGGUCUUCAAAGUGAGGAGUGUGUGAGAAGAAUUAAUGCGGGUCGUGAGACUGGAAGAAUUGACGCUUUCGUGCAGUCUCUUGAUAAGAAUUUCCAGGUAAAAAUGUUAUGUAAAGUGGCAGAAACUGCUUUUUCUUAA